AUGACUGAAAUUCCCAAACUCAAUCUCUCUCUCAAAAAGAAUAAUUCAGAACCAAACAACAACAACAACAACUGGGGUCAUUCUCGGGUGAGCUCGUCUGAUACUAAUUCUGAUGAUGUCAUGCUUUCACCCCGUGGAUCUUCAAAUAGUGCUCAUUCAACAGGAACAAUCGGUGUGAAUGGUGGCAUUAGUGUGAUCUCACAAUUUGUGGAACCUUUAAAUCACACAAAGAAGAGUAAUGCCAGUAUUCAUUGGAGAUGUGUUCAUGUGUUGGAACAUCCUGAUUUUGAAAUGAAUGCCUUGGAUGACGAAUCAUCUUAUCAUACCUCUCUUCAAAUAAUUCCCUUUUCAAUUGUUGAUGCUGUGACACAGAAAUCUCGUUAUGCAUUGGUGCAUGGUUCAAAGAGAGGUGUCUCAGUAUUGGAACUUGUUGAAGAAUUAACACAAGCAACAGAUAAUAGAACUGGCACUCAAUGGAUCAUUAAAUAUCACACAAAAUUAGAAUCGAAUGGUUUUGGCUCGAGUGCUGUAUUGCUCAAAAAGAGUAGUAAUAAGGAAAAACUCAUCUUUUUUGGAGGUUAUUUUCAUGAGAAUCAAGAAACGACUGAUAAAUCUUCCUUGUUUCAGUCUCAACAGCGUUAUUCUAAUGAAGCAGUGAAUCAAAAUAGAACCUUAACAAGUCGAAUGAAGAAAUUAUUCAAAUCUUCAAAGAAUGAUGUUUCCGCAUGUCCUCAUCCUUCCAACAUCUUCUUUCAAUAUAAAUUCAGUAGUCAUGAAUUCAAGUUAUUUGCGGCAGGUGAAGAGAAUACAUCUUCCAAUACCAAUGGAAAUGGAAUUUCAAAGAAAUCAUCAUUUCUUAAUUCAAACUUUUGGCCAAGUGCUCAUGCCAAUCAUACCGUAUUGGCUGUAUCGAAAGAUUUAUUUAUCUUUGGAGGCAAUUAUUUGAAAUGGAAUGACCUUACACAAGAUUCAAAUUCUAAUAACAACAACAACAACAUCAACGAUCCUCUCUCCUCAUCAAGAGAAAGGGGAUCCAUCCAUGAUCACCGACAACUCUCAACAGAUAUUCGUGAUAUUGGACCUCUGAAUCGAUUUGGACACUCUGUGGUUAAUGUGAAUGGUGUUGCCUACUUGUACGGAGGAAGACUCAGAAAACCCUAUGCUAGUGGACAUCCCGACCAAGUGAACCCCUAUUCCGAUGAUUCUGUCUAUAGCUACAACUUUAGAACCUCUCAAUUCACUCGUCUCAAAAUUAAGAGUUCAGAAAAGCCUCAUCCACGAAUGUUCCACGCCAUGGUUGAAAUCCCUGAGAAUAAUUGCUUCUUAAUGAUGGGUGGACACUCUGCGAACGAAACAAUUCUUGAUGAUGAAGGAUUAAGCAUGAUGAUGAUGGAAGAUUCUCAAAGCAAACCAUUAAGCAUCACCACCACACCAUUGCGAUACUUUACCGAUUGCUAUCUCUUUGAUAUUUUGAGAUCCGAGUGGACCCUUGUGAAACAGAGAGGUCAUAUUCCACUCUCAGCUGAAACUGAAUGCAGAUCUCCUUUAGCACUCACUCGAACGAAAGAAGGCAACUUUUUGUGUGUGGUAAAGAAUGGAUCAGGUAGCUUGGAAGUGUAUGAAGGAAAAUUGACUUUCUAA